AUGGUUAAGGAAGAAAGUGCCACUAAAGUAUUUGCAUACUUUGUGAAUGCAUUUCUAAUUCUUCGUUCUCGAGGCAUCAUAUCAAAUGAGAUAAUUAAUAAUCAAGAACCAUUGAAGGAAUUUAGUGCAUUAAGGGAUCAUAUCUUUAGAAUUGAAGAUUCAAAUUAUCAAGCAAAUGCAUCUAGCCAAAUUACUGAUGAUAAAAGUGAUUUCAUUCAGUUACAUGAUGAUAUUGAUAAAUUACAUAAUAAAGUUAUUGAAUUUGUCACUGAUCUGAAAAAGACAUCAAACUUGCAACCCACACAACUCAUCAAAGAAGUUUUGAAACGCUUAGUAAUUGAUACGAUUAUUGACAUGGUUAAUAAAUACUUUGAAUCUAAUGAAGCAGAUGACUUCUAUCCUGGAAGUAAUGUAUUAGGCAUAUUGUUAAAAAAUUUAUGCUUAUUAACAGUUAAAAAGUCUGAUAACGAUAACAAUAUCAUAAAAGAAAUUCCAAUAAAAGAGC